AUGGACGCUUCUCGCAGAACGUCCGGCUCCGACGUGCGCGGCGGCGACAACAGUCCUCCCACCAGUGACGACACGUUGGUCUCAAAUGAACAUGGCAAUAUCGAGAGUGCCCCUAAGAGUGGGAACAUGGUGCAAGAGAAACAAAUCGACCCCAUGGCUAGCCGGAUAGACGGUGGUGUGGAAUACAAGAGCAUGGUGUGGUGGCAGGCGGGUAUGGUCAUGGUCGCCGAAACCAUCUCGCUUGGGAUUCUCUCACUACCGGCUGCCAUGGCUACCCUGGGCAUCGUCCCAGGUCUCAUUCUGCUUGUCUUGCUUGGUGCGAUGGCUUCAUAUACCGGGUUUGUCAUCGGACAGUUUAAGAGGCGAUAUCCUCACAUUCACUCGAUGGCCUGCGCCGGUGGAGUGCUGUUUGGCAAAUGGGGAAACCGAAUUCUCGGUUGGGGUCAAUUUUUGUUCUACGUCUUUAUCAUGGGCAGCCACAUUUUGACCUUCUCCAUCAUGAUGAACGCCAUCACCGACCACGGAGCCUGCACCAUUGUGUGGAUGGUGAUUGGCACCAUUAUGAGCCUGGUCUUCACGCUGCCGCGGACCUUGAAACACCUUUCCUACUACUCGAUCGCCAGCUUUGUGAGCAUCAUCGGGGCGGUGAUGAUCACCAUGGUCGGGGUUUCGAUCACGAAGCCAGGCGCCGGACCUGACGGGGUGCUCCACGUUCGACUCUGGCCGCAACCCGAUCUCAGCUUCAAGGACGGAUUCAACGCGGUGUCCAACAUGGUCUUUGCGUAUGCGGGUCACGUUGCCUUCUUCACCUUCAUCUCCGAGUUGCGAAAUCCACACGACUUCCCCAAGGCGCUCGCGUUUCUGCAAUGCAGCGAUAUUUCCAUGUACAUCAUCACGGCGGUGGUGGUGUAUUACUACGCCGGAGACAAUGUUGCGAGCCCGGCGCUGGACAGUGCGAGCACCGUGGUCAAGAAGGUGGCGUACGGGGUGGCCAUCGCGACGAUUGUCAUCGCCGGGGUGGUCAACGGGCAUGUGGGGGCCAAGUUCCUAUACGUCCGACUGCUGCAUGACCGAGAGGACGAUCUGCUGCACCAGAAGACAUGGAAGUCGUAUGGCGUGUGGUUUGGUAUCGUUAGCAUUUCGUGGCUGGGGGCGUGGCUCAUUGCGGAAGCCGUGCCCGUGUUCAACCACCUAUUGGGCUUGACUUCGGCCUUGUUUGCAUCUUGGUUCACCUUCGGAUUAUCGGGCAUGUUUUGGAUGCACAUGAAUCUGCGCGGCACAUGGACUUAUGGCAAGGCUUUUCUGUUUGUUCUCAAUUGUGUCAACAUUAUGGUAGCAGCCAUCUUAUUCGGGGUGGGAACAUACGCCAGCAUCUCGGCCAUGGUGGAAAACGGGGCAACCAACAAGCCAUUUUCGUGUGCCAACAAUGCUGGCGGGCAUUGA